AUGGCUGUUCAAGCUCAAUAUCCUUCCAAUGUUCUUCUUCUCAACAACAACAACAAUAACAGUAGAAAUGUUCAAGAAGAACAUGAAUACUCUUUACCGGCACAACCACCGGGAGCAUUAGGACUAGCACUUCUUGAUCAAACUCAUAAUCAUCAUCAUCAUCCACAUAUCCUAUGCAACAACAACAAUAACAACACAAGUACUAAUAAUUCUUCUCGCAAGAGAGGAAGAGAACCAACCGGAACAUCACCUAAUGAUCUUAUAAAUCAUUUCUCUUUACAAUCUCAACCUUCACAGAUUAUUCAUCUUUCUCAACUCCAUCAUCAACAACAACAACAGCAGCAAAAUGUCGUCUCUACUGGCCUUCGAUUAUCAUUCGAUGAUCAUCAACAACAACAAAGAUUACAGUUACAACUUCAUCAAUUUCAAUCUCAACAACAGCAACAACAACAACAACAAGGUUGUCACUCCUCAACUUUCUCGUCUCUAUUAUCACAAGGACUUGUUUCUCAAAUCAAACAACAACGUCAUGAAUUAGACCAAUUCAUUCAAGCACAGGGAGAGACACUCCGGCGGACGCUGACGGAGAAGAGACAGAGACAUUACCGAGAGCUACUAACCACGGCGGAGGAAGCCUUAUCGCAACGCCUAAGAGAGAAAGAAGCAGAGGUAGCAAAAGCCACCCGCAAAAACGCUGAGUUAGAAGCGCGUGCGGCUCAGCUAACCAUGGAAGCCCAAGCCUGGCAGGCAAAAGCCCGGGCCCAGGAAGCGGCGGCAGCCUCUCUCCAAGCCAAGCUGCAACAGACCAUAAUGUGCCAAACCGGAGACGACGCCGGCGGCGUCUCCUGCGCCGUGGAAGGACAGGCUUCGGAUGCCGAAUCGGCUUACAUAGAUCCGGACAGAGUGGUUGUCGUUGCGGAGGCGCGUGGGAAAUGUAGAGCGUGUUUAAAGCGCGUGGCGACGGUGGUUGUUUUGCCUUGUCGGCAUUUGUGCAUUUGUAGAGAAUGCGAUGCGCAUUGCAGUGCUUGCCCUGUUUGCCUUACUCUCAAGAAUUCAACCGUUGAGGUCUUUCUCUCUUAG